AUGGCCGUCGUCGUGUGCGUCACCGGCGCCGGUGGCUUCAUCGGGUCGUGGAUCGUCAAGAUGCUCCUCGCCCGCGGGUACGCCGUCCGCGGCACCUCCCGCCGCGCAGAUGACCCCAAGAACGCGCACCUGUGGGCGCUCGACGGCGCGGCGGAGCGCCUCACCAUGCUGCAGGUGGACCUGCUCGACCGAGCCAGCCUCCGCGCCGCCUUCCGCGGCUGCGACGGCGUCAUCCACACCGCCUCGCCGAUGCACGACAAUCCCGAGGAGAUCAUCGAGCCGAUUAUCGCCGGCACGCGGAACGUCGUCGAGGCCGCGGCCGACGCCGGCGUGCGGCGCGUGGUGCUGUCCUCCACCAUCGGCACCAUGUACAUGGACCCGCGCCGCGACCCGGACGCGCCGCUCGGCGACUCCAGCUGGAGCGACCUCGAGUACUGCAAGAGCACCGAGAACUGGUACUGCUACGCGAAGUCGAUCGCGGAGCAGGGCGCGUGGGAGGCGGCGCGGGCGCGGGGGCUGGACCUGGCGGUGGUCAUCCCGGUGGUGGUGCUCGGCGAGCUGCUGCAGCCCAGCAUGAACACCAGCACCCUGCACAUACUCAAGUACCUCACUGGGCAGACCAAGGAGUACGUCAACAAAUCGCAUGCCUACGUGCACGUCAAGGACGCUGCCGAGGCGCACGUCAGGGUGCUCGAGGCGCCUGGCGCCGGCGGGCGGCGGUACGUCUGCGCCGAGCGCACUCUGCACCGCGGCGAGCUCUGCCGCAUGCUCGCCGGACUCUUCCCGGAGUACCCUAUUCCGACAAGGUGCAAGGAUCUGGUGAAUCCACCAAAGAAGGGCUACAAGUUCACAAACCAGCCUCUGAAGGACCUAGGAAUCAAGUUCACGCCAGCGCAUGAAUACCUGUAUGAAGCAGUGAAAUCCCUGCAAGAAAAGGGAUUCCUCCAGAAGACCUCUAGCACCAAGGUGCCUGAACGACGCAGCUCCCUGCCUGAACAAUCACAACCACCCGUAUUGAUUUCAAGACUUUCAUAG